AUGCUCCAACGGCAAUUCGUCGUUAAACCUGAUACUCAGUACCUAUUGCAUGUGACAGCUACACAGUAUUGGCUCCCCGAGUUCAUGGCACACUGGGAUGACGAUGAGGCCUUAACGCUCAUCAUGCUCCAUUCGACCAGCUUUCACAAGGAAACAUGGGAGCCAACUAUUCAACAUAUUUUCAAAAGCCUUCUAGUGCCAUCAAGUCGUAUUGAACCCAGGACCGCGAGUAAGCUCACAAAAGUUAAAUGUGCAUGGGCUAUCGAGUGUCCGAACCACGGGCAGUCUGCCGUGCUGAACGACGCUGCGUUGCGGAAUCCCCAAUAUUUCCGAAAAUUUGGAUGCGAAAAGUAUGCGGAAGCUGUCCAUCGUUUUAUGACAUUCGGACCUGUUCUUUCUCCGCCUUUUGAGUUCAAAGCACAAAGGCUCGUCGGAAUCGGACACUCGCUCGGCGGUGUGGCCAUUGUCAUACUUCAGGAUUUACAGCCCAGUUUUUCGUUCUUCUCUGUUAUCCUUGUCGAGCCUCUUCUUAGUCCGCAGGGUCUCGAACCAUUGCGACCGUUACAAGUGCGUCUUGUGCAGGGCGCAUACGAACGACGUGAUGUGUGGCCCUCACGCGAAGAUGCCGCGGAAUACCUAGAAGCCAAUAAGCAUAUUGCACUCUGGGAUCGUCGCGUUCUGGAGCUCUACGUGCGCUAUGGCUUGAGGAGUCAUCCAGGGGCCCAACAUGAGGUCGCACCAUACACAGGUCGUGAAGAAGAGGUGACGAUGUACCGUGAUUCCACCGGCUCUAACAGGGGUUUGGAGUUGUUGAAUGAAACCUGCAGAUACCUCCCUGUCAGUGUUAUAUUUGGCGGCAAAAACGACUGGAUGUGCGUGCAGGGGCUCUGA